UACACAUACAAUCAUUACAAUGGACGGUGGUCCCCUCUAUACAGCAGAACAGAUCAUCAUUCCUCCUUCUCUCCCUGGAAUACUCAAGGACUUCACUAAAGCUGCCAUUAGAACACAACCCGAGGACCCUCUCCUCUGGUCUGCAGCAUACUUUGAUGCACUGUCUCGGGGAGUAGCUCCACCAGUGAAGGCUCGUUACGAGGGGAUAGGAGUAGCCAAUAAUGGAGGAGUCAGUAAAGGAAAGCUAGCUACACUCCACAGUCAAAUGGAGGGCGAGACUGUGAAUGUGAGCAAACUGAGGGAACUGUGGACUAACAUUGGCUGUAAAGAGACCACUCUCAGUGAAAUACUCAGUAUGGGGGACAUGAAUGAAAAGGAACAAGUUAUUUGGAGGUAUGUACUUGCACUAGCCUGUACUACAAUGGAAAAGAGUAUAUCUUGUGCAUUAAAGACAGUCUGUGAGAUAAUGUCCACUGAUUCUGAUGGAGGAGACGCUAGAAUCAGUUUUGAACUAUUCUCAGACUUGUAUUCAUUUUUAGCAAAAGUUGAUGGAGACAUUAGUGAAGCCCAGAUACAGCGAUCACUGGACUGGCUGAAGGUUGAAUCGGAAAGAUUUGAUGGUAACAUUGGUCCAAGAGAAUUCAAACAUCCAAGCUGUCCUAAACUAUCAACAAAAAUGUAAACAAGAACAAAGAAACUAACAACAACAACAACAAUAAUAAUAAUAACAAUAAUAAUACUAAAUAAAUGAUAAUACAUAAUGAGAAUUUAAUGAAUGCCAUGCAGUUCUUGUCAAUAAAAA